AUGGUGGAAGAAGAGCCCUCUAAGCCUGUGGAAGAGGCGGAGAAUGUGGAGUUGGUGGAAGGAGAUCCUUCCAAAACUACUAAGGUAGGAAAGGAGCUCCAAUCAUCCAUAAAGGACAAAAAGGCGAAGUUCUUGAAAAGAAAUCUGGAUGUCUUUGCAUGGAUCCAUGAAGAUAUGCCAGGGAUUGAUGGAGAUGUGACAGAGCAUCUUCUCGAUGUCGACCUAAUGAAGAAGCCCGUCCAACAAAGGCAAGGGGUAUGGCCAGAUGAGCUACCUGGUGUCCUAUGGGCGUACAAGACGACGGUGAGGACCCCUGCAGGGGAGACACCUUUUAAGCUAGCCUAUGGAAGUGAAGCAGUCAUACCUGCGGAAGUGCAUAUGGCUAACCAUAGGGUGAUGUCAUAUCAGGAUAAGGAUAACGAGGAGCAACUCCGUUUGAACCUCGAUCUUAUAGACGAGGUGAGGGCAGAUGCAGAGCACAGGGCAGCGAAGUACAAGAACCUCAUGGCUAGGCAAUAUGAUGCAAUGGUGAAGCCAAGACGUUUUAACAUAGGAGAUCUCGUCCUGAGAAAGGUCUCUUUGGCAACCAAAAACCCAGCUCAUGGGAAAUUGGGCCCCAAUUGGGAAGGACCCUAUAGAGUCAUCAACUUUAAAAGGCAAGGAUCCUACUACUUGGAGGCCCUGGACAGGAGAAAAUUGGAACAUCCUUGGAACGUGGAGCACCUGAAGAGGUACUAUCAGUAA